UGGGUCCCGAGCCGUGGAGACCCGGGAGGACCCACCUGCCGUGGCCUUGGUGCCCCCCCAUUUCAGGGCCCCUCAGGCAAAGAUGUCGGCCCAGGAGAGCUGCCUCAGCCUCAUCAAGUACUUCCUCUUCGUGUUCAACCUCUUCUUCUUUGCCCUCGGCAGCCUGAUUUUCUGCUUCGGCAUCUGGAUCCUCAUCGACAAGACCAGCUUCGUGUCCUUUGUGGGCUUGUCCUUCGUGCCCCUGCAGACCUGGUCCAAGAUCCUGGCCAUCUCAGGGGUUCUCACAAUGGGCCUCGCUCUCCUGGGUUGUGUGGGAGCCCUCAAGGAGCUCCGAAGCCUCCUGGGUCUGUAUUUCGGGGUGCUGCUGCUCCUGUUUGCCACGCAGAUCACCUUGGGUAUCCUCAUCUCCACCCAGCGGGUUCGGCUGGAGCGAAGGGUGAAGGAGCUCGUGCUGAGCACCAUCCAAAACUAUGGCUCCAAUCCGGAGGAGACAGCGGCCGAGGAGAGCUGGGACUACGCCCAGUUCCAGCUGCGCUGCUGCGGCUGGCACUCCCCGGAGGACUGGUUCCAGGUUCUCAUCCUGAGAGGCAACGAGUCGGAGGCGGGCCGCGUGCCCUGCUCCUGCUACAACUCAUCGGCGACCAACGACUCCGCAAUCUUUGAUAAGAUCUACUCACCCCAGCGCGGCCGGCUCGGACCGCAGGCGCGGCCCAGGCACAACACAGACCUGUGCUCAGUGCCCGCAAACCGCCACAUCUACCGUGAGGGCUGCGCGAAGAGCCUCCGGACAUGGCUGCACAACAACCUCAUCUCCAUAGUGGGAAUUUGUCUAGGCGUCGGUCUACUCGAGCUGGGCUUCAUGACGCUCUCGAUAUUCAUGUGCAGAAACCUGGACUACAUCUAUGACCGACUCGCUAGAUACCGCUGAGCCUGACUCCACCCCUUCCAGUGCUGCGGGCACUUCCCCGGGGACUGUAAAUAUUUGUUUCAUCCGCAGUUUGCCUGAGCUUUGGGCGGCCCCUCAUUCCCCUGAGGCCCCAGGUGUCUGCCUGCCCAGGCGUCCCCAUCUCCCGCAAGGGACCUGGGGCUUCCUGCCCCACACAGAGCUGAUGGCCAACCACCUCCCACAAGAUUAUUUUUGGCCCAAACCUCAAAUAAAUCCCCUGUAUUUUGGUAAAAUAA